UCUCUAGGCGACCGAUCUCAUCACUGCUCGGAGCUCAGAAGGAAGGAUCAUCAGAACUGUGGCCAUGGGAAAGAAGACUGAGAAGCUACUGAAAGAGAAGGCACUGAAAGAGAGCGAGAAUGACCCCCAGAGUGCAGGUGUUGGUCCCCAGGACAAAACAUUGCUGUCAGCUGAUGACUACCAGUGCACUGGCAACCUUGAACAGGACUUUACUGAGCUCUGUAGCCGCCUUGGCUAUACAGAAUGUCCCAGAGUGGUGAACAGACCGCGACUGGCCAGUACACCGGCAUCUGAGAAAACUACCUUUGAUGACACAGCAGACUGGACUUCAGAGAUAGACAGCCAGAUUGCCCAUAUCAAAGAACGCUUCUCUUACUUCAAGCCAAGCAUCCAAAUAGAGGUGGACAAUGAAGAUGGGAGAUCUGUGCGGGAAAUCGCUAUCAGAGGAUGGAAAAUUGAUGAUAAAAUGAUGGGCAUAUUCUCAAAAUGUUUACCCGCUCUUACCAGUCUCCACAAAAUCAGUCUGUGGAACGUGGGCCUCACAGAUGACACCUUCACCUCUCUCUUCACCAUCCUGCAGCGCUGCCCAAGUAUCAGGGUCUUUGCACUGGAAGGUAAUCCACUGCCUCAGCAGUCUUAUUACAAACUGAUCUCAGAUGAUUUAGCGUUUUCUCACAUAUCCCUGAGAAAUAACAAAAUUAAUGAUGAGGGGGCAAGACUGAUCAGCCAAGCUUUACAAAGCCUGAAGAUGACCAGCAAAAACCUGGCUUCUCUUGUGCUCAGCUACAAUCAUAUCACAGAUAAGGGAGCCAGUGAUAUUGCACAGGCUUUAAGAUUCAACCGAUCUCUGCUUUCCCUAAAUCUUUCGAGCAAUCAGAUUGAUGAUGAAGGAGCUUUGGCUUUGGCAGAGGUUCUGGGCCAUUUCUCAUUAGCACAUGCUGAGAUUGUAGAGAGGAGACGGCUUUUACUGGAGAAAGCAGCUCAGGAACAGCCAAAAUCGCCAACAACCUCCCGUCAUGCUGAUUCCAAAAGUGACAGACCACCCAGCCACCAUAGCAGCUCAACUAUGGAGAAAGCGGACAAAGCAGACAAAGCCCAGAAGUCCAAACAGAGCAUAACAAAGAAGAAAGAGAAGGAUACACAGAAAAAGGAGGAGAAAUCAGCUAGCAACAUGACGAGUGGAACCUCCACUUCAACUUCCCAAGCUGGUGGAUCAAACAAGAAAGACGACCUAAAAACAUCAAAAAAACAGUUAGCCAAUCCGGAGCAAAAAAACACACGAGGAGAACCUGUUAAAUCUGCUACCAGACGUGCUGCUCUACCAGAGCAAGAGCAAACGGAGCCCGCGGAAGUAACAAAUCUGUUAUUGGAACAAGCAGAAUUCCGCGAUGGGAAAGUGUUUCUCCCAGGAAACAAAGUUCUUAUCAGUUUGAACAUCUCACGCAACAAGAUUUCAGAGUUUGGCUUAAAAGGCUUUCUGGCAGCAGUGGAAACCCAGGUGGCGGAGACAAAGCCCAUUCCUGGUACCAGGAGCCACACAGGACUGCUGAGGCUGGCUGUGGGGAACAACAACUUUCCUGCUGACUGCCCAACUUUAAUCCGACUCCAGGAGAUCCUGCUACCACGAGAUCCCAUACAGAAACCCUUCAAAGCUUCUGAAGAGGAACAACCGAUGUGACCA